GAUAGGUGUAAAAGGGGGAUUGCCGGGGAAGUAUAUACAAUGUCUUCAGAAUCACCGCCCAUAAGAUCAAUUCCAGCGACUUCUGAUGUGUUCACCGCCAGGAGAACAGAAUCCCAUGAUAUUACAACUAUCGUCCAUCACAUGAACUUCAUGACAGAAAGAUUGUUUGGCAGGAUUAAUGUCAUUUAUCUUUUAGAAACAGCCAAUCUUGCAGUGACCUUAAUCAGCCAGGAAAAUGUAGCCGUUGCCCAUGCUGUAUUUCUGGACUAUCCCAACUGGAAUUCUGUUGAUCCGGCCUACUGGGAAGUCUUCUUACAAGAAAACUAUAAUGAGGGCAGGUGCACACCUUUAAAUACGCUGUUUCUGCAUCUGUUUGUGGCAGCGGAUGAACAUGCAGUUCACUGUUCUCACGAAAUUAUGAAGACUGUCUUUAGAACCAUACCAGAACUGCAUUUCAUACUUCUCUUCAUACCAACUCAAGAGCAUUUAGGUAUGGACUUAGCAGCUGCUUUUAAGCCAAUGGUGAAAGUAUCAAAUGCAGAUGUGAACAUGGAAUACAGUCUGUUUAUGUGUGAGAGGCGUCGUUAUUGUCCACAGCUAUUUAUCCGCCAAGCCAGGGUAGAAGACCAUGACGACCUCGCCCCUCUCUUCACACGUCAGAAUGAUACUCUGAGAGAUACUUACGGCGAAUACUUUCUUGCAGAACUGAUAGAAGCCCAAGAUGAUCAGAACAUUGCUGUAGUUUGUGAGAAUGAGGGCAAGGCGGUGGGCUUCAUGAGCGUGUGCUCUGAAGUGAACAUACAGUUGCUUCAUGACUGCUUUGACUUGGGUCCUUUCCAUGGACUCUGUAAACCACACUCAGAUGACAUACUUAAGCUUCCGCAGGAGCCAAGUGUCAUAGCUGAAGUCAGCAGCAUCGUGACAAGAGAAAGAUCAGAAAGCCUGGGCACCCAAGAUACAGAAACCAAGGAUGUUAGCAAAGUUGGAAGCCUCAUUUCUCAGUCUUCAGAAUCCAGCACAGGUACAGUUCUAUCAGCAACAGGAAGUAGUCUUUUUAGAAUAUCAGAGGCAGAGCCAGUAUUGUCUGUGCCUUCACUAGAACAACUGUUAGACAGCGAGCAAGACAAGGCUUUGAGAGCCAUGGAGACUCUGAGUGUGGAGAAAGAGGCUUUCCAUCCCAUCUACAAAGGAGCAGUCAGUGCUUUCUGCAUUCAACUCUUUUGUAUCGAAGAGCAACAUGAAACAAGGUCAUUGGAUUUCUUGACAUUUGUUUUCAAGCUUUUCCCAGACAGAGACUUUUGCAUCAUCACAGUGCCCCACAUGGUACCAGAAUUUUACCUGAUCCAGAACUUUGUUCGGGUUAUUCCUUUUAGUAGUUGUACUCUGGACCAAGAACUUUACGUGUUCUAUCGUUCUGGAUUGCUCAAGUCUUUUCUUGUAAGAGCAGCAAGAUCUAGUGACAUCCUUGCUGUUGAAGAGCUAAUCAAAACCCUAGACUUGAACAGAAAUAUAUUGGAUGACUUAAAUAACUAUAUAUCAGCACGGAGAGAUCCAGAUGGAACACCAGUUCAGGCAUUUGUGGCAGAAGUUUUGACUCAGAUAGUUGGAAUAUCGAUCAUUAGGAAUGAAAUGGAUAUUGAAUAUAUUCGCUCACACUACAACAUUGAAGACUUCGUUUAUUUCAACCAUCACCAGCAGGAAGAUCAUGGCCAUAUUUACCAUUUUGCUUUAAAUCCAAUUUUUCAUCACUAUGCAAAACAUUUCAUGAAGGAGAUACUUCGGUUGUCCUAUAAAACUUGUCUCUACUACCCCAUCCAUCCGCAGACUGGAGAAGGCAAGUUCCAGAAUCCCUGUGCCCAUUCCCUGACAUCUGCCCUUCAUUACAUGGUUCCCGUGCGACCAAGACGACAGAUUGUCUAUCCUCUGGAAAAACUUGGCAUAAAUGCUCCAUCAAAGCAGGUCUCUAAGGAUCAGGCAAAGUAUGCGCUGAACCACUUCAAUCGGAAGCUGUCCCUGGAACCUAAGGUGUCUGUCAAUGCUAGAAUAGUUGUGGUCGGGGCAUCAAAUGUUGGCAUUUCCUUUCUUGAAACACUGAUUUUUUGUCCACACUUGAAAUUUAACAACCUUACCUUGAUUUCAACACAUGGACUUCCUGGGAAGCAUAUGUGGGAGAAACAGCAAAAGCAAUUUUUAAUUAACAGCCACAGUUUUAAUGAUGACGAUUAUGCACUGAUGUCACUCUGUUCUUGGGUUAAUGUUGUGGUUGGAAAAAUGACUGGCAUAGACAGAUCUGCAAAGCACGUCAUCGUAUCCGAGGAGAGGAAAGUGCCAUACGAUCAUCUCAUUCUUUGCACUGGCCAGCAGUAUCAGGUUCCAUGUCCCACUGGUGCAGAUAUCCGAAAACUGUUCACCAACAGGGAGGUCUUCCAAAACCGUAAAGAGAAAUAUACCGACAUUGUCCCUUCCAACCUUUUUGUUCUUUCAGAUGAGGAGGACUGCUUACUGGCAAUGAAGUGGGUAAAAGAAAAUCUUAUUGGUUUCCCAGGGAAUGUUAUUGUCUACGGGAAUACAAUUGACGUUUACACCACCGUAGAAGCCCUCUUAUCAUUAGGAAUUAGUGGCAGCCGAAUAUGCCUUGUGCAUCCACCACUGCUAUCGAAUGUUACUGCUAUUAAUAACAAUGCCAUAGAAAAGGCUGUUGAGAAAGUGUUUUCCGAUGCCGGCGUAUCUGUGCAUUAUGACAGUCUGCUGGCUCAGUGGAACGAUGGCAGUCAUCCGGAUCCUAUUGUGCAUGCGUCUUUCACUACUAACACAAAGCCAUUUAGACUGCAGUGCUCCGCUUUUUUUAACUUUACCCACAAGAGAGUGGAUUACGACACCUUCAAGGCUGUUAAUGAUGCCUGUCUUGUUUAUGACGGGAAGCUUGUGAUUGAUACCAAUUUUCAUACCAACGAUGUGGCCAUCAGAGCUGCAGGUCCGCUGACUAAGUUCUCAAACAUAUACUAUGCCAACAACUGGACACACAGCAAUUUCAGCUCCAAGGAGGUCGGUUUCCAGCUUGCUGCUGCCAUGCUGAAUCUUUUUGAUCCAACUCUGGAGCCGGUUUUUGAACCCCCAGAAGACAUGGAUAGACUCAUCCCUUUAUACAAGGGAUGCAAAGUUCAAGGUGGUAUCCUACCUGGAAAAUAUAAUUAUCUGCACAUUUAUAAACCCGGAAUUCCCGCUCGCUUGGAUGUACAAGAAACACAGCCCAAUUAUGGCUUGGCGAUCACAACUGGAGAUGCGAUCAAAGGGAAUUACUUCAGGAUACAUGUCAACCUGUACAGUCUGAUAGAAACCAUUACCUGCUUUUCAAAGAAUCCUCUUCCUGUAUCAAACUACAUCACUUUAUUUGGACAGCACGAGCGUCUCCUUAAUAACCUUUGCUCUCGUUGGAGGGAGGGGCUGGUCACAGAUCUUUACAGCUACUUGAAGGAGCCUUGGGCCUUGGUCAUCUAUCACGAUCGCUUUAUCGAUCUGAGGAAAGAACUGCGCGAGAUCCUAGUAUCCAUCCAGGAGGAAAACCACCCUUCGAUGCAAGAACUCGUCCGGCAGGUGGUGGAUGGUGAGCUGGCUCUACUGGAGAGGCCAAAGACAUACCUCAAGCGAUUCUACAAGCAAACGGUCUACAAAAAUUUGCUAGAGAAAAGCAUUCUCAAUUACCUGAACUAUAACAAUUACCACCUGCCGAUGUUUGCCUGGCCUGGGAUUGUUUAGGUAGGGCUGGACGAAUAGGGCUCUCGUUUCAUUUCUUGAAACUACAGUAGAGUUUGACUACAUAUUGUUCUUUAUUAUUAUUAUUAGUCCUUUGGGGAGGUAAUUUUCAAAGCAGUCCAGGGAAAGAUGAAAUCUGCCUUAUUUCCACAGCCCAGCAGGUGGAGCAGAGCUCUGCGUUUGCCAUUCAGCAAGAUGCAGUUCAAAACAACAAAGAACCAAGCUGUGCUGUUAAGCGAUAGACAGGCAAAUUCCUACAGAUUGUAAAGCACCCUC